AUGGAUGGAUCACGCCAAGAUGGUAGUGUGGAUUCAUUCUUGCGAAACUAUAAGCUUGGGAAGACUCUUGGCAUCGGUUCAUUUGGUAAAGUUAAAAUUGCCGAACAUACAUUGACAAGGCACAAAGUUGCUGUCAAGAUCCUUAACCGUAAGAAAAUAAAGAAUAUGGAUAUGGAAGAAAAAGUUCGAAGAGAGAUCAAAAUUUUGAGAUUGUUUAUGCAUCCCCACAUCAUACGUCUGUAUGAGGUUGUAGAGACACAUUCAGAUAUAUACGUUGUGAUGGAAUAUGUGAAAUCUGGUGAGUUGUUUGAUUACAUUGUGGAAAAGGGUAGGUUACAGGAGGAAGAGGCACGCAAUUUCUUUCAGCAGAUAAUCUCUGGAGUGGAGUACUGCCACAGGAAUAUGGUUGUCCAUAGAGAUCUGAAGCCCGAGAACCUGCUUCUAGAUUCUAAGAGAAAUGUGAAGAUUGCUGAUUUCGGUUUGAGUAAUAUAAUGCGUGAUGGUCAUUUUCUGAAAACAAGUUGUGGAAGCCCGAACUACGCCGCGCCUGAGGUUAUAUCUGGGAAAUUGUAUGCGGGGCCUGAAGUAGACGUCUGGAGCUGUGGUGUUAUUCUCUAUGCACUGCUUUGUGGCACUCUUCCCUUUGAUGAUGAAAACAUUCCUAACCUUUUUAAGAAAAUAAAGGGUGGAAUAUAUACUCUCCCCAGUCAUUUAUCUCCUGGUGCUAGAGAUUUGAUUCCGAGAAUGCUUAUUGUUGACCCUAUGAAGCGAAUGACUAUUCCUGAUAUUCGUGCACAUUCCUGGUUCCGAGCUCAUCUGCCACGCUAUUUAGCUGUGUCGCCUCCAGAUACAAUGCAACAAGCUAAAAAGAUUGAUGAAGAGAUUCUUCAAGAAGUGGUCAAGAUGGGUUUUGACAGGAAUGCUCUUGUUGAGUCCCUUCGCAACAGAGUUCAAAAUGAGGGUACCGUUUCAUACUAUUUGCUGUUAGACAACCGGUUCCGCGUUUCCAGCGGCUACCUUGGAGAUGAAUUUCAGGAGACUAUGGAAUUUGGUUAUAAUCAUACAAAUUCAAGUGAGACUGUAGCAUUCCCCGUAGGGCCACUGCCUCCUGGAGUUGUUGGUUAUCAACAGUUUGGAGGAAGACCCCAGAUUCAAGUCGAUCGGAAAUGGGCUCUUGGACUCCAGUCUCGAGCCCAUCCUCGUGAGAUAAUGACCGAAGUUCUUAAAGCUCUGGAAGAGUUGAACGUCUACUGGAAAAAGAUUGGGCAAUACAACAUGAAAUGCCGAUGGAUUGCUGGCAUGCCAGGUUAUCACGAAGGCAUGGUAAACAACUCUAUGCAUGAUAAUGGUCAUUUCGGUGAUGAAUCUGCUAUUAUCAUAGAGAAUGAUGAUGUUAUCAGGCAACAAAAUGUGGUCAAGUUUGAAGUGCAGCUUUACAAAACUCGUGAAGACAAAUACUUACUUGAUCUACAGAGAGUUCAGGGCCCGCAGUUCCUCUUUCUGGAUCUUUGUGCUGCUUUCCUGGCUCAGCUUCGCGUUCUCUAA